UUAAGGACUUCUGCUGGACUUCUUGUAAACAGAAAAACACAAGUAUAAAUUAUUAAAGAUGAUGAAAAACAAACUUUGCAAAAUGUUGAAAUAAAACACGUAAAAUGCAAAGUUGAACAAUGAAAUAAAGCCAUGUAUAUGCAUGCAUCUUAAUAAUAUCUGAGCCAAAUAGAAGUGAUGAUUAAAAAGUUGUAAAGUUGUGCUGGUGCCAAAGCCCUGUGAACAAAAUAAUGAUUCCAUGGGUACGCGAGAAAUUUGCGGAAAGACGUGCUAAAUGGUUAGCUCGUUCCAAACAACAGAGGACGGCAGCUAACAAGGAAGAUCAAGAUGAGGAAGAGGAAUCAACAAAUAGUGAUACACCACGAUUUCAUCGUUUGCAGGAUAAUCCUGAAGAAUCUGAGCCAAAUUCACCCGGUCGCAGCCAUCAUACAACGUCUGGGGCACAGAGAAAAAAUCAUUCGCCUUCACCUCCAUGUCAUCAUGCGACGCGUUCGUUGCACUCAUCACCGGUCAAAUCAGCCAAAAAAAAUUCUCGUCGAGCUUCUGCAGCUUCUUCGUCCAAUACGAACACCACCCUAGUCAAAGUUGAUGACAUGACAAGGUGCUCCCCUUCAACGUCCAGAGAAUAUCGCAUCAAGGUUCGUGUUAUUUGUCCCUCGGCCAGGGUGCUGGUCUUUCAAACCGAUCGCCAUAGACGUUUGGCAGAACUGAAAAACGAAGUUUUACUUGAGUUAUCUGAUGAUUUGGCCACCAUGCAAAUGUUUGCAAUAGAUGCAAAAUCUUUAAGCUCUAAAUAUCGUUUGCUGAAAGCCGACUAUCAAGGUUCAGAGUUGAAUGAGAGUCAAACCUUAGACCAAGUGGGUAUAGCCAAUAAUGAUAGCAUAGUUUUAGUUCUUAAACGCAAGCACCUGCAACAUUUGAUAACGCAAACGCGCGAGACUCGUUCCCCGCCCGAUCUGGAUAUAGACUUAGCCACCCGCAAUCUGCCUGUUAGAACAAGCGAUGUACCCAUGGUAGAUAUAAACGAAAUUUUUCAACAAUCAAAUCUACAAUUUGAUGUACGCAAAGUGCUUAUAUCCUUGGCUCAAUCCUCGGCCAUUGUCAUUGGUUCUGGGCCCUAUGCCAAACGUUUAAUAGCUAUGCUUAAGCAAAAACUUAUUAACAAACGAAAUUAUCAGAACGAUACAACACAGUGCCUUGUUGAUAUGGGCUUUAAGAAGGAAAAGGCUGAAUAUGCUUUGAAAUUGCACAAUAAUGUGUACUCAUCGGCACUUGAAUGGCUUAUACAGCGUCAAAGUGAGGAUACACCACUUGAGGAAGCAGUCAUGGGUAUACCGCGAACAAACUCAAUGGCCUCGCCUUCAGGAAUACUAUCGAGUGAUAGUACUGUGGAAAACAUUGCUGCUUUACUAGAAAUAGUGCGCAUAUAUAGUUAUCGUGACAUUCCGCCUACUCCGGAUGCUGUGGAAACUUUAGUGGAGAUGGGUUUUCAGGAAUCCGAUGUCAUACAGGCUUUAAAAAAGACUUGUAACAAUAAGGCGGCAGCUUGUGAAUGGUUAUGUGGCAAUCGCACUGGUAGUUUAGUAGAAUUACGCGAGGGCUUGUCUCAAGAUUCUCCUAUACUUAAAACAAUAUUACAAUUACCACAAGUUCAACUCAAUUUAAGCAAUCCCAAAAUAUUUCUGGCCUUUUUAGCAAUAUUGGAAAACGAACAUACUAUACGUGUUUGGGGUGGAGAUAAUGAUACCACGUCUGUUAUAACACACAUACUACAGAAAUACCACGAGGAAAAACAUGUUUUGGGCAUUAAUCAGUUCUACAGCAGUCGAUAGUCUGGACAAAUGCUACAGCCUCCAGCAUCGUUCAUCUUUAGUUUGCUUUUUUUAGAGAGAAAGAAAGAAAUAUGGUGGAAUGUUCCAUAUGAUCUUAUAUACAUUUUAUUUAUAUUGCAUACAUAGUACAUAUACAUACAUAUACAAAUUAUACAAGAACUUGCAACUUGUCCAAUGUGAAUCUCUUAGAAUUAUUAAAUUACGGCACCUUCUACCAUCAACAGCAACACCACCAACAAAACUAAAUAACAAUUUUAACACUAUGUCGAUUUUAUUUGAAAAUUUUAGCGCACAUUUUAUUUACUUAACUUUUUUCACUUGUCUAAGAUUUGUGUGUUUGUGAUUUAUUAAGAAAGAGGAAAGAUCGCUACAUCCGCUCUCUAUGGAUGUAGCUGCAAAAUAUCAAAAAAAAUCGAAAAAAAUUUAAAAGUGCAAUUCUCAGAAAAUAAAUAAAAUACACAUAUAUUUACAAUACGCAUAUACAACAACAACAACAAAACUGAACAUUUUCAAAUCAAUGAUCAAGGAGAAAUAAAUCAUACAUAUGUAGAUGGUACCUAA